AUGCCUUCUCCAGCAGACGCUGUCGUCUCCAAGCUGUCGACUGUAGAAUCACUUGACCGAAUAUCGGCUUGCUCCACGAUUGGAAGGCAUCGGUUUGCUCCACCAUUCACGCCGGCGUCCGAUCUGUUCUAUGGCUAUGAUACCCUCAUGGAGAAUGUAUCUGAUCCUUCCCAAAUUGAUUUUGCCCAUCACAAGUUGUUGAUUCCGGAUCGAACAAAUUGGAAAACAAACAUUCUUACAGCUCUACUCAUCCCAUACAUCUUCUUGAGCCGCAUCUUCAGGGGAGAGAUUGGGAGAUGGAUUGCUUUUGUUGCUGUUGUGUUGCGCCUUUUCUUCCCCCGCCAUUUCCCAGAUUGGCUAGAAAUUCCAGGAGCGUUGAUUCUUUUGAUGGUCGCGGCACCUAACUUGAUUGCAGAUACCUUAAGGGACAGCUGGGUUGGGGUGCUGAUAUGUCUUGCAAUAGCAUGUUAUUUGCUGCAAGAAUACAUCCGGGCAUCUGGUGGGUUCAGACAUUCUUUCACAAGAGCCAAUGGCUUAUCAAACUCGAUUGGUAUAAUCCUUCUGUUGGUCUAUCCCGUCUGGGCACCCGUACUCGAUAUCCUAUAGCUUCACUCUUAGCAGCUUCGAGGUGUGUGUUUUUAGCGAACCCUCUGUCUUGUAUCAUUUGUUUACAAAAACCUACAAAUUCAUUACCAUUGUUGUGUUAUUCAGAUAUGUUACCAUUUGC